AGUAUGCAAAGUAAGCGGAAUGUCAACAUAACCUACAACUCGCUGGCACACGGCUGCCGGGUGCCGAUUGAUGGGACCGAUCGGUUCUACGGAAAGGAUUAAAUACCCCACCCCGGAUGAUAACCUACACCUCACCUUAUCGAUCGCGAGCUGUUCGCGGAAAAGGGUUGUUCGAGUGCUUCUCGACCUCCGGGCGAUUAGUCAUUCCCGCGAAAUCAAAACAUUUCCCGGCGCAGUACAGUACCGACCCGAUCGACCGCACACCAACAGCGUGAUCUCAAGUGCGCCCAUCCUCAGCAAUAGAGCAAAUUGCGUAUCGGAAUCGAUUCCACCAUCAACCAGCAGCAUCUGGAAAUUUCCCGCAACGAACCGCGAAAAUGGAGCGCGAAAGGCGGACGGGCGCGGAUGCGGUGGUGAGCAAAACGUUUGCCCUGCUCGUCGGUUCCGUGCUGGUGCUGCUUACCUGCGUACAGUUUGCGGCUAGCUGUAACGAGAUGGUGUGCGCCAGCAUCGUCUCCAAAUGCAUGCUGACGCAAAGCUGCAAGUGCGACAUGAAAAGUUGCACCUGCUGUAAGGAGUGUGCCGAAUGCUUGAGCUACCUGUACACGGAGUGCUGCAGCUGUCUGGAGAUGUGCCCGAAGCCGAACGAAACGUCGAACGAGCUGUCGAAGCAGUCGCACAUCGAGGAUCUGGAAGGGUUCCCGAACCUGUACGACGUGAUCACGUCCGAGCAGGAUGCGCAGGGCCGGUGGAAGGUGAUCUCGUUCCCGAUCGAUAUCGAUGCGGCGCUGUACGGACCGAAAGGGGACGGUGCCACGAAAUACGUAGUCCACUCAACCGAUAUGGAUUUGAAGCAAAAGUACGAGGAUCCGAACAAAAUCACGGUCAACUGUACCGUCGCGUACCAGGCACAGUGUAUGUCGUGGAACAAAUGCAAGGAAAGCUGCCGUACGAUGGGGGCCAGCAGUUAUCGCUGGUUCCACGAUGGUUGCUGCGAAUGCAUCGGACAGUACUGUCUAAACUACGGCAUCAAUGAAUCGCGCUGUCGCGACUGCCCGGAAAACAAGGAGCACGAUCUGGACGACUUUGUGCCGGAGGACGAGCUGGACUACGGGGACGGUAUGGGACCGCUCGACAAUGCCGCCAUCGAAUCGACCAACAUAUGAAUCGGGCUUGGACUACCGUUGCUCUGCCAUCUCGUCCAUCGCUAUAUUACCGUACGCAUCACCGCAUUCCGCUGCUGAGCGCGGACUAGUGCCUCUUUCAUCUAGGUUUAAGACAACCGUCUCCAUCCCUGUUUUAGAUAGGCAUAGGUUUUUUUUUGUUUUCCUUUAGUCUGUCUCUCACUCUCUAUCUAUCACACUGUUGAACAGAAACAGCUAUAGCGCUCAGAUACGCUGUGUCUCGGGCACACUCGGUCUGCAGAAGCGGGAAGUCCGAAGAAGCAAAUGCAAACAGUUAAAAGGAAAAAUGUAGACACGGUUCAGGCAUCAGGCUAGCCCUUUACGUAGCUGAAUGCUAGUGGCGGAGUAGGCGACCGUCGGUUAUGAUUGGUCCCAAGGGGUCUCGUAUUAGAAGACUUUCAUCAUGCGCCUCCUAUAAGAGACCUCCGUAUAAGGAGACUCGUAUUAAGGACUACGUAUCACCAGGCUCCUCUAAGGGAUCAAGGGACCUCGUAUAAGGAGCUUCAUACCAAGAGGCACGGGUUAAGGGUCUCGUAUUAGGAGACUCGUAUAAAGGGAAGGAGCUCGUUCUAUAAGGGACCUCGUGUAAGGAGCAUCACAGCAAGGGACCUUAAGACCUCGUAUAAUAGGUCAGUCUCGCACAAGGUUCCUAGGUCCAUUAGGUUCUUGUUCCCCCAGGUUCGCCAAGUCAGGUGUCUGCAUCCGCCACUGCAUAACGUAACGGCAGCUACGCGCGCAUCUAUUAGAAAAUAUGGUGGGAAAUUAAUUGUACUUCUUGCGUAGCGUUAAGACUAGCGGAUAGCAAAUUUAGUAGCAUUUAUAAGGCAACGUUUAUACUCCAACUGCGUGUAAACCCCUUUCCACGAUUUGAUGCCACUUGCCCAAUUCGAACGAAUCUCGGACGGUCAAUCUUACAGUUGUAGCUUUAAGCAAGCAGGCACAAAACAACUCACACUGCGCGGGUAUGCCUGUUUGCGCACCACCUAAAGGGUGCAUAUGUUUUAGUCUAGUUUGUAGGUAGUUUGUAGGAAUCACUUUUAAAAGGAGGCACGAUGGAAAUGACGGCGUGUGGGGGGACCCAUUACCCUGUGGAGUGUGGAAAUUAUUUGUAUUAUGCACUUUUUUGAGCGCAAAAAGCAGCAACAAAAAACCGCUCUGUUGGCGUCGUAUUGUUUUAUACCGUAAGCUUGAUGGACACUGAUUUGCUUCCAUUUGGUUUUAACAAAACUUGAAGAUUUGGAAUGCGUAGUGUACAGAACAGAGAAGGAAAACACAUUCUUUUGUUUUUUUUUUAACUCAUUUUCAUCCUAUUUAUAGUAUACACACAUACAUGUAACACGAUCUUCCAUAUACACAAAUGUAACAAAACGUCUCUAUCUAUCUGUUAAUAAAACUCUUGUGUAACUCUUCCACA